CGGCAGCUGGGUGAUGAGUGACUCCUCCCCCGCGUGUCCGCGGCUCGCCGACGGUUUGCACUUUCUCCAGUGGAGCGAAAGCCGGAUUGUUUUACUUAGUAAAAAACACAUUUUCAUGCCUGUAUUAGUUAUAAACUAAGUUUCCAGCAUGUUGACCUUUUCGGAAUUGGCGCUCGUCACGGCGGCGCUGUGCAGCAGCGCGUCCGGUUACUUCGUCAGUGUUGACGCUCACGCUGAGGAGUGUUUUUACGAGCGCGUCAAUUCGGGCACUAAGAUGGGCCUCAUGUUCGAGGUGGCUGAGGGAGGCUUCCUGGACAUCGAUGUGGAGAUCACAGGUCCGGACGGGAAACAGAUCUAUAAAGGAGACAGAGAGUCGAACGGGAAGUACUCUGUGGCUGCGCACAUGGACGGCACUUACAAGUUCUGCUUCAGCAACAAGAUGUCCACCAUGACGCCCAAGAUUGUCAUGUUUACCAUAGACAUUGGCGAAGCACCAAAAGGCGACGGCAUGGAGACGGAGGUCGGUGGUGGCACCUGGGAUGCACACCAAAACAAGCUGGAGGAGAUGAUUAACGAGCUGGCGGUGGCCAUGACGGCGGUCAAACACGAGCAGGAGUACAUGGAGGUCCGUGAGCGGAUACACCGAGCAAUAAACGACAACACAAACAGUCGCGUGGUGCUCUGGUCUUUUUUCGAGGCUUUGGUGCUGGUGGCCAUGACCCUGGGACAGAUUUACUACCUGAAGAGGUUUUUUGAAGUGCGGCGAGUCGUUUAAUUCACAGUUUUUUGUUUUUUUUUUAAUCCCAAAGUGUCUCGCCGUUCUUUGGACUUGCUUUGGAGAAUAAAGAAAGACAUACAACUAUCAGGGGAAGGGGGAGAGAAAUGGCUGGAAUCGUGAAGCCCGAGAAUGCACUCACCUUUUUUCUUCAACGCUACUGUUUAAUUACACGAUUUGCAUUUGUAUAAAGGUGCAACAAUUGAAAGAUUUUCCACACGCAAUACCUCUCAAUUGGCUUCGUGUACAAGGGCGAAUCAAAUGCCAAAACUUGAAGGAACGGUCAAAUGUUUACAACAUUUGCAAUACACAAUACAAGAAAAAAAAAACUUUCAUUCAAUUCACCCUUGAGUAUUAAAAAAAAGGGAAAAAAUUCAAUUAGUGCACCUUUUUAAAGAUACAUAUAAAAGCUAUCAGGAGUCUCACAACAUAAAUAUAACCUGCGUUCAAAACUUUUUUUUUUGUUUGGCUUUAUGGCAGUUAGAUAAAUUGUGUUGUGUUUCCUGAUUCCUGCUGUUAUCACAAAUGCUUCUUCCCUGUGAUGCACCGCACAAAUCUGCAAGUUCGAGAACAGCAACAGCAGUCAGUGUGUGUUGAUUUGUUCCAUGUGGUGGUGGUGUCGGUGGUCAGGGUUAAAUUUUAUUAUGUUAAAAUCUUAGAAUUAACCCCCUCUACGUCACGUUGAUUCAAUGGAGUUAUAAAGAGCUUUAAAGUCUCACACAACAAUUAAAUUAUUAUUAUUAUUAUUAUUUUCUUCAGGAAGUCCAGGAUUUUUUAAAAAGGUUUAAACAUCAGUCAGUUUCAGUUUGUAGUUGUUUUGAAUCUCAUUUACUGACCGGUCUGAUUUGAAACAAACAACUGUGUACGAAAUUGAACUUCCACAGGGUUUGGCAUUCAGACCUGAUGAAAAAGACAAUUUUUUUGUGGUUAAUUUAAACUAUUAGGGAUGGAGUUCUGAGCUACUGGUUGUAUGGUUGUCAGUUCAAAUUAAAAGUGUAUAUUGUCUGUUCCAAUA